AUGCACCCCUUCCUUUCCGACGUCUGCGCCAUUCUUCCGAGCGCCAAUGCGCUGUCGGAUUUCCCGGCCCAUGGUCCCUCACGGAGGCUGUCGCAAAAGGGCGCGGCGGCUCGCCUGCAAUCCGUGGCCUCUGGCUGCCGUCUUGGAAGGCCUGAAGGUCAAGAGGAAGCCAAACUCACGGAAAGCGUGGGAAAGGCAGCCGGCUUCGACCGUGACUUCGACAAGGACAACACGGGUGAGACCGAGACCGUUGCAGAGGCAUCCUGGAAGGCUCGGGGAAGAGACGCCCUAGCUUCUUAUGGCCCUUGUUGGGACGCAUCCGCCAAGGUCCCCUCCGUAGGCCGUCCGCCCAGGAUGCUUGAAGCAUUUUAG